UUGACAUUUGACAUACUGUCAAAAAAUAUUCCCAUCAUGAAAUUGAAAAUUUGCCUUUUGAUACCUAUUUCGUAACAUUUUUUGUUUUAUUAAUUAACCGGCCCACCGGUGGUGUAUCUAUUCCCGCAUAAUGUUCCCUGUAAGACAAAUUACCACGGCAUUAGCCAGGGGUGCUAGAUCAAAACAUACCUUACCCGAUUUACCAUAUGACUAUGCAGCUCUGGAACCCGUUAUAUCCAGAGAAAUCAUGAACCUGCACCAUACUAAACAUCAUCAGACCUAUGUGAACAAUUUGAAUGCUGCCGAAGAGAAAUUAAAGCUUGCUGUAGAGAAAGGAGAUAUCACCACCCAAAUUUCUUUAGCUCCAGCAAUCAGAUUCAACGGUGGCGGUCACGUGAAUCACGCCAUCUUUUGGCACAAUUUAACCCCUUGCGACACCAAACCUAGCGCCCCACUUUGUACCGCCAUUAACAACUCAUUCGGAAGCAUGGAAAACAUGAAACAGCAGCUGUCCGCUGCUGCCGUUGCUAUACAAGGCUCUGGCUGGGGUUGGCUUGGAUUCGAACCUCAUACUGGUUUGUUACGCAUAGCCUCUUGCGCCAAUCAAGAUCCCCUUCAAGGCACCACCGGUCUCAUUCCAUUGCUCGGCAUUGAUGUCUGGGAACAUGCCUAUUAUUUGCAAUAUAAAAAUGUUAGGGCUGACUAUGUUAAAGCUAUUUUCGAUAUAAUAAACUGGGAGGAUGUUAGUGAAAGAUAUAAAAAGGCUAGUGGAUGUUAAAUGUUUGAUAUAAUAAAGCGUUCGUUGCAGUUAAGUUCUCAUUAGUUUUAGGAUGUUUUUUUUUAUAAUAUUUUGUUGCAAGAUUUGUGUCGCUUAAAAGUAAUUUGAUUAAAGGUAAAUAUAGUCUUUUGAUUUA